AUGUUCAGCCAGGGAUCCGAUGAAAGGGACGUGGAGUUUGUACCACCGCGUACAGUGCCCGGAACAGGUGUGGCCAACAACAGGAACUACACGAAAGUAUGGAAUGACAUGCGGGACAUCAUGAUUGACGGGUGGGAGCGCCUACGGAAGCAGAUACAGGACCGGUGGCGGCGCCUACAGGACGAUGCGGUCGAGUCGAUGGAAAGGCUGCAAAACUUUCUGAGCGAACGCACGGAUAAGGCCACCGACGACCGCACCAAACGGUAUUUGCGGUCAAUGAAUGACAAUCUGAGGAACAUUACCGACGCCCUCAAGACCUUCAGGGAUGAGUCCCGGAGACAGUCUCCCGGUGAUGGUCGCCGGGGGCCGGCGUAUAAAAUUGAGCCACGUCGACAGCCCAAGUAGCUUGAACAAUUUUUAUGCGUUUAUUUGGUGCAGGAACCUUUAAGAUUUUUUUUAUUGUCAAGAGUAAUUAAUAUUGGUGAUAUAAUGAAAUAAUUUUAAAGUUUUUAAUUAUUAAAUGCUUUUAGUUACGGUAUG